AUGCCUCGGCCUGGUCCAAGACCUUACGAGUGUGUGAAACGAGCUUGGCAUAGCGAUCGUCACCAACCCAUUCGUGGUUCCAUCAUCCGCCAGAUCUUCAGACUCGCUAUGGAAACACACAGUGCCGCUACGAGGAAGAACAAAGAAUGGCAGGAGAAGCUUCCUGUUGUUGUCUUGAAAGCUGAGGAAAUCAUGUACUCUAAAGCCAACUCUGAGGAAGAGUAUACAGAUGCUGAAACUAUGUGGAAUAGAGUUAGUGAUGCCGUUGACACUAUUAUUAGAAGAGAUGAAAGCACUGAAACUGGCCCUCUUUUGCCUCCUUGUGUUGAAGCUGCUCUUAACCUUGGAUGCAUUGCAGUAAGAGCUUCAAGAAGCCAACGACAUAGUAACGUAAGGACUUACCUCUGUCCGAAAAUCCAAGAACCUGUGUCUGUACCUGCUAAUGAGCCGCAAUAUCACCAUCAUCAAACUCAAAACUCCAAUAAGCCAACUUUUACUGCUCAACCUGUAGUCCCAGUGGCUGUUCUUGAUGACAGUAACAAGGGCGUAGCUUCUGCUGCUCCUCGUCCCGGUUACCCUUUUCUACAGGUGCAUCAGAAGCCAUUGGCUAGAAAGCUAGAGACUUGCAAUCCUCCAGCACCAGCGCCGAUCAACUUGGGUUCGGUGUAUCCUUUAUACUACGGAGGUGAUAAUAAUCAGACUCAGCAAGUGGACAUGUCUUUAAGAUCCCCUAAGACGCCUAUAAUCAUUGGCAUGCCUGUUAGUAUAAAGGCUCCGGAAGAAAGAACAGAGAGGUUCUGUGAUUUGUCCUUGAGGCUUGGUGUAUCUUCUUCAGAUCCACCCUCCACAAGAAUAGAUGUUGGAUCUAGCCGGGCUUACCAAGGAAGGAAGCCAGAAGAGUUAUGUUUGUUCUCUGAGGUGAAGAAGAAAGAUGAUUCGUUUUCAAAUUAUGAAGGUCAGCAUUCAUAUUCGAGAGUUAAAAAGCUCAAAACGUUUUGUGAAGACUUUCUUUAGGGAUUUGCUCAAAUCUUGUAAAAGUCUCAGGUUUUAUUGGUUGAUAUUAUUGACUCUCUUGAUCGAUCAUCAAAUCUACUCUGUUAACAUCAAUAGGCAAUACGGAUGAGAAAGUAUCUUCACCAGUUUGGCUUUUGUUAGUGCAAAUCUGUUUAAACACGUUGAUGGUUCCUGGUGGAAUGUUUCAAUCGGCUCACGUUCGAGUUUUGAUGAAGUUGUUGUUGGACUAUAUCAUAAAUUCAAAGCCAUUCUUCAGAGUGGCACACUUGGGGCCAGACAAAAGAAAGUUUUUACAAUGGAUUCUACAACUCCAACUACUUCCAUGAAGAGUAAACAAUGUAGAGAUUCAAUACAAAGGGAACAAACUCAAAACCAUAACUACAGAUAAAAUGUU